UGGGGAGAAAGAGUGACAGAAGGAGUGACUGAUAGGGUGUGCUUCUCUUUGGGUGAGAGAGGAGGAGGGGUGUAGUCAGCCAGAGAGAGACAAGAGAGAGAGACAGAGAGAGAGCGAGAGAAAACAAAACUCUUCCAGGCUCUCAGAUCUUGACUGUGGUGGAGACACCCAGGAGCAGUGCAUUCCUGAGGCAGGCAGGCAGGCAGCCAGACGGGGCAGGAAAAAGGGAGCCACAUCCUUGAUGUCGCUUUGUCACCACGUCCGAUUGCCUCUGACCUCUUCUUCGCGACUGUCAUCGUCCUCCACAUCGUACACACACAUAGACAUACAUACGAUUACACACUCGUACACACAAACACUGCCUCACACACCGGACGGACUCUUUCACUAUUUCAAUUUUAAAGGAUUUUGCCCAGCAAGGCAGAGACGAGGAGUAAGGAGACUAAAGGCAGUGAAAAUAUAUUCUUCCUGGUGGAUUGGGAAGAAACUUGUGGAAUUCUUGCUUACAUCUUGAAAACCAAAGAAUCAGCAUACAGAUUUGGGGCCAUGCAAUGCUGAGCUGAGGAAGGCGGAACUAUUGUGAUCAGUUUGGAAGACCAUCUUACCAAUCACCUUGCUUCGUUCGGUCGCAGAUGGAGCUCAAAGUGUGGGUGGACGGAGUGGUGCGGGUGGUGUGUGGACUCUCAGAAGAGACGUCCUGCCAGGAUGUGGUCAUCGCUCUGGCCCAGGCAAUAGGUCAGACAGGCCGCUAUGUACUGAUCCAACGUCUGCGCGACACCGAACGACAGUUGCUGGCCACAGAAAGACCUCUUGAGUCUCUUGCCAAGUUAGGCCAACACGGCAGUGAGGUUCAGUUCUUCCUGCGUCGCACCGGCCCGAGCAGCAGUGAUGGGCCUGGCUCAAAACAAGACAAACUAGGCCCUCUACCCCUGCCCAAGUAUACUGAGCCGGACCUUUUAAAGCGCAGCCAACCCAAGAAAUCACUCACAUUCAACCUUGGCCCAUCAACUCCUCCCAAACCCAAGCAGUUUCAGAGGUCUCCUCGGGACUCCCCAGACCAGAGAGCCUCACCUUCCUCUUCUCCCACCCCUGCAUCUUCUCAUGCGCCAUCUCCCUCGCCACCAACAGGCCCAUCCAAAGAGGAGGUCUUUAGAGCGGUUCUCCAGCAACAAGAGAGACUAAGGGCUAUUGAAGCACAACUCGAAACCCUAGAAAGGGAGUCUGAUGCUUGGGAGCACCACCACCCGUCUCUGUCUCCUUCACCCAUCUCUGAUGCUCGCUUCCAAGAGGAGCUGGACACCCUGGAGCAAACCAUGCGGAUGAAUCAGGCUGAGCUCGCCCACGAGCAGUACUGGGAGGAGGAGUUCCAAGCUGAGACGGAGCGGGAGCGAGGAAUGAGGAGGAAGCUCGGGGACCUUCAUGCUAAGCUAGAUGACUGUGGGAGGCGGCUCCAUGAGUUCUCGGUGCGCUCCGCUCAGCUAGAGCAAGAGAUUCAACAAGAAAGUCAGAUGGAAGCCAAAAACAAACGGCCAGACGAGUCCCUUGAUGCCGUGAGAGCAGAGCUCCGGAGCCAGGAGAACCACGGAACCGAGUUAGAGGAGCACCUCUCUGAGACUGAUAAAGCUCUGGGGAAGACAGAGUCUCUGCUGCAGGCCAAACAGGACGAACUGGAGGAGUUGAACAAGGAGUUGCGGCAGUGUAACCUGCAGCAAUUUAUUCAACAAGCCGGCGUCCUGCCUGCACAUAGCCACUCACGCACAGACCUCCACGAGCAACUGGAGCAGUUAGAAUUGACACAUCUUUUCCCGGAAGAAUACAGCAAUGGCACUGAAUCACCGCCUCGCCCGACUGCUAAGCAGUUCCUGGGACAUCCACGCAACCUACAGAACCCCCUCGUGUCCAGCCUCAACCCUGAGGUCCUGACAUCCCGAGAGUCAUCAUGGCGAUAAACAUGGACCACAGGGCCAAGGGAAAAUUGUUUGCUUUUUAUGUCACCAUCACCUAUUUAACCCCUUUCUUUGCAAAUCUCAUUAUUAAUAAUACCAUGAUAUACAUAUUGUAUAUGCUUAAGACAAAUAUAUUUACAGUGUUUUGCUACUGUAAGUGCUACAAAUUACCUGUGUAAACUUUAGGAACCUUUUAGCAAUUAUUACCUCAUAUUUAAAUGUAAUAAAAAAAUGUCUUCAUGUUUUAGAGAAUCUUUUGUGUUUUGAUUGUAUUUAAUUAGCUACAUUAAUUUUAAUCACUUUAAUUGUGAACUAAUGUAUCCGCAACCUCCAGCAGUAAACACUGCACUUCAAAAAUUAAAUGAAAUUCAAUGGAAUACGAAUAUAUUA